CUGAACAAAUAAAGUGUAGCAGGAGGUUGGCGCCCAACUACCGUUCCGCCCCUAUAAGAAACCCUGCGUCGCUCGAUCGCUAUGCAACCCCAACCCCGUCGAGCCAUCUCCUUUCUCCUGAGCUCCUUCCAUUCCAUUCCCAAGCUAAGCUAGCAGACAAGGCCGCGGAUCCAUGGGCGUCUUCACGGUGACCAAGCUGUCCGAGGGCCCCGUGCGGCCGUCCGCCGCCACGCCGUCGGGGACGCUGCCCAUGGCCUGGGUCGACCGGUACCCGACGCACCGCGGCCUCGUCGAGUCCGCGCACAUCUACCGCAACGUCGACGACAUGCCGGCGCCGGCAUCGGAGCGAGAGGCUGGUGGCACUGGCGCCAAGGCCGCCGCCGCCGCCCUCGCCCUGCAGGCGCCGGACAAGGAGGCGAUGAUGAACGGCAGCAAGUCCCCGGCCGCGGUGGUGCGCGGCGCGCUGGCGGACGCGCUGGUGCACUACUACCCGUUCGCGGGGCGGAUCGUGGAGGACGUCCCCGGCCGGCCCGCCGUGCUGUGCUCCGGCGAGGGCGUCUACUUCGUGGAGGCCGCCGCCAACUGCACCCUCGCCGACGUCAACUUCCUGGAGCGCCCGCUGCUGCUCGCCAAGGAGCAGCUCGUGCCGUGCCCGACGCCGGAGCUCUGGCCCGUCGAGCCGCACAACACCCUCGCCAUGAUACAGGUCACGACCUUCACCUGCGGCGGCUUCGUGGUCGGCCUGCGCACCAACCACGCGGUGGCGGACGGCACGGGCGCGGCGCAGUUCCUGAACGCCGUCGGCGACCUCGCCCGCGGGCUGCCGGAGCCCCGCGUGAAGCCCGUCUGGGCCCGGGACCGCUUCCCCGACCCGGACAUCAAGCCCGGCCCGCUCCCGGAGCUGCCGGCGCUGGCCCUCGAGUACAUCGCGUUCGACUUCCCGGCCGCCUACCUCGGCAAGCUCAAGUCGCAGUACGCGGCGUCCACGGGCGGCAAGAUCUGCUCCGCCUUCGACAUCGUCAUCGCCAAGCUCUGGCAGUGCCGGACGCGCGCCAUCGGCGCCGCUCCCGGCGCCGACGUCAGGCUCUGCUUCUUCGCCAGCGCCCGCCACGUGCUGAAGCUGGAGCCGGGGUACUACGGCAACGCCAUCUUCCCCGUGAAGGUGUCGGCGCCGGCGGAGAAGGUGGCCGGGUCGUCGGUGAUCGAGCUCGUCGGCAUGGUGCGCGACGCGAAGCGGCGGAUGGCCGAGGAGUGCCUGAGCUGGGCGGAGGGCCGCACCGGCGGGCGCGACCCGUUCCAGAUGACCUUCAGCUACGAGUCCGUGUACGUGUCGGACUGGAGCAAGCUCGGGUUCAACGACGUGGACUACGGGUACGGCACGCCGGUGUCCGCCGGCCCGCUGGUGAACUGCGACCUCAUCGCGUCGGCCAUCGUCAUGAGGGCGCCGGCGCCGCUCGCCGGCACGCGGCUGCUGGCCAGCUGCGUCACCAAGGAGCACGCCGACGACUUCGCCCGCAGGAUGCGGGAGGAUCUCGUGUGAUGAUGCGGGCUUGCAUACGUGAAGGAACUCGGCCGCCGUACCGUAUGUCCGUAUCACAUAUCUACCUAUCUACGAUACGUGUCAUCGAUCAGAGCUAGUGGUGGUGGGAGCUACAUACGAAAUGGGAAUUGGUGUUCCUGUCUGGACCGUAACUAUAUAGUAUUGCACUAGUUGUUGUACAAUGUGUGUGCAAAUGAACAAAUUUUCAUGGAGUUGUUGAGCGGAAC